UAACCUAUAAUUGAGUAUUUAUUUUUGUAUAUUAAAAAUCCAGUUUUUAAAGGCAAGUUAAGCAGAAAAAAGUUUGUUUUUAGCCAGCCAAAGUUGUAAUUUUGCUCAGCCUGGUCAGUACUCUUCAAGACAUCUUCAGAGCAACAACGAAAACUACAAGUUUGACGCUCGUACCACUUGUAGAGAGAUUUAAGUGCUUCAACAUGAAGUAUGGAUAUGGGCAUUUAAUGGUUUACUUGUUGUUACUAUUGCCUAAGGAAAAUUUUGGCAUACCCUCUCUAAGGCCCAAAACACAUCAUGGCAUAGUCUAUCCCGAGGAUAAUUGGGAUGAUUGUGUACUUGACCAUAAUGGCUCGCAACAGCAAGGCCAGUGUGUCAAUGUGGAUAAUUGCCUCGAAGUUCUCAAUAAAUGGCAAAAACAAAAUAUUUAUCCCAAAACUUGUUAUUUCCUCAAACAAGAGCAGUUUGUUUGUUGCCCCAAAUCGGCGGCAUUAACUAGUGUUGAAACUGUAACCGUUAAGACAACAGAAAGUUCUAUGGUAGCCACCUCAUCUGAACUUAGUUUUUUGGAGUUAUUGCAAUUGGAGCAACGUAAAAGUGAAUUGGAAUGUGAACUUAAUACAAGAGUACACUCGACCAUUGUGCACGGAACCCCGGCCAAAAAAGAUGAAUUCCCAUUUAUGGCUGCCCUUGGCUGGAACUCCAGUUUUGAUGCUGGUAUAUGGUAUCGUUGUGGUGGUGUGGUAAUUUCUCCCAGAUUUGUCCUAACAGCAGCUCAUUGUGCCGACAUAGGAGGUGAUAAGGCCAGUGUUGUACGUAUAGGUGGCUCAAAUUUGACAGAUGUCUCUGUGAGAGAUGUUAAAAUAAAGCGAUUUAUUCAACACCCUGGAUACAAAGCAUCAGAGGUGUACAAUGAUAUAGCACUGGUGGAAUUGGAUGAGGAAGUGAAAGAUGUCUAUGCUGCCUGUCUAUGGCUUGAGGAUAAUUUGGAUUCUGAAAAUUUCAUAGCCACUGGUUAUGGUCAUACCACCUUUGGUGGUUUGGGCUCCAAUCAACUGUUAAAAGUCGACCUGAAGGCGGUGACAAACAAAGCUUGCUCGGAAUUUUAUCCCGCCGGAAACGAUGGAGCUCCCAAUGGUAUAACCAGCACACAAUUAUGUGCCCAUGAUCCUGAAAAAUUGCGUGACACAUGCCAAGGUGAUUCGGGGGGACCCUUGAUAUUGCAAAGGGGUAUCAGCAAGCGUGGCUAUGUUGUGGGCAUAACAUCAUUUGGUCUGGGCUGUGCUGGUGGAGCACCUGGAAUAUAUACCAGAGUUUCAUCGUAUUUGGAUUGGAUUGAACCCAUCGUAUGGCCAAAAUUGGAUACGAGGUCUUCUUAGAGUAGAAAUUAAAAAAAAAAUAUAUAUAAUAAAGUAUUUAUUACUUGAAUAAAAAUAAGCCGGGUGUUACAUUUGUAUUCUACCCCAAAUAUCUUAAUCUA